AUGAUGAGAACUAGAGUUAUUUGCUUCUUAUUAUUGGUGUAUAUAACAAAAUCCUUUUCACUAGACAUGAUUACACCAAGUCAAUCCAUGAAAGAUGGUGAUACUUUGGUUUCAGCUGGUGGAACUUUUGAACUUGGAUUCUUCAGCCCCGGAGACUCAAGUGGUCGAUACCUGGGAAUAUGGUACAAGCAAUCUCCUUCAACACUGACAUGGGUUGCCAACCGGAACAAACGAAUCAACAGCAACUCAUCAGUGUUGGAAAUCAACAACCAAGGAGUUCUUGUACUGCACAAUGGCUCAAACAACACAUUCUGGUCCUCCAAAGUGUCGAAAGCAGCAGAGAAUCCGGUUGCACAGCUCUUGGACUCAGGAAAUCUUGUUGUGAGAGAUCGAAAUGGUGGUAAACUGGAGAAUCUCUUAUGGCAAAGUUUUGAUUAUCCUUGUGAUACUUUGUUGCCAGGAAUGAAACUUGGAUGGAAUCUAGAGACAGGACUAAAUAGGUUCCUAACUUGUUGGAAAAGUACAGACGAUCCUGAUUCUGGAGACUACUCGUUUAAAAUAGAUCUUAGAGGUUAUCCACAAGCAGUUCAAUUGAAGGGAGAUUCUAUAAUAAGCAGGGCAGGUUCAUGGAAUGGACUUAGCUUCACAGCACUUCCAUAUCAUAAGCAAAGUCCAGUAUUUAAAUCUGAGUUUGUUUUGAAUGAAAAGGAAAUAUUCUAUGAGUUCCAAGUCCUUGACAAUUCUACUUUUUUUAGAUACGUCAUGACAUCUUCGGGGAAUCGGCAGCUUUUGCAUUGGACAAGUGAAACCAAUGUCUGGGAGACUCUCAUAACUAUACCAUCAGCUCGGUGCGACAAUUAUGCAUUGUGUGGCGAGAAUUCUGUUUGCAAUUCAGUGAACACUCCAGAUUGUGCUUGCCUGGAAGGAUUUGCACCAAAGGUUCAAAGAGAGUGGGAUAUGUCAUAUUGGUCUAAUGGUUGUGUUAGGAUCACCCCAUUAAGUUGUAGCAAAGAUGGGUUCAUGAAGUACACGGGGAUUGUUCUUCCUGACACGUCUUCAUCUAGGUAUAAUAAGACCAUUGACCUUCAAGAAUGUGAGAGCUUAUGUCUGCAAAACUGUUCCUGUACAGCAUAUGCAAAUUUGGAUAAGCGCGACGGAGGAAGUGGCUGCUUACUUUGGUUCGGUGAUCUGAUUGAUAUGAGGCAAUCAUAUGAAGGUGGCCAAGAUAUUUAUAUUCGAGUUCCUUCUUCGGAGCUAGAACAUAACAAGAAGAUUUACAAAAAGAAGCUUGUAGGCAUCAUUACUGGCUCUGCUGUAUUCAUGAUAUGCUUAAUACUUGGACUUGCCAUAUGUUUAUGGAAAAAUAAAUUUGAGAAGCCAGCAGGGAUGUCGAAAGUGGGUUUCUGGAAAGAACUAUUAUGCAGAAGGGUGGAGGAGGACAGUGAUAUUCCAACAUUUGAUUUAUCAACCAUAUUUUAUGCCACAAAUUGCUUUUCUAGCUACAACAAAUUUGGAGCAGGUGGCUUCGGACUUGUGUACAAGGGUGUGCUUGCUGAUGGCACUGAGAUCGCUGUCAAGAGGCUUUCGAAGAAUUCUGAGCAAGGACAGCAAGAGUUCAAAACUGAAGUGCAGUUAAUUGCUAAACUUCAGCAUCGCAAUCUUGUAAAGCUUCUCGGUUGUUGCAUUAAACAAAAAGAGAAACUCUUGAUUUACGAGUUCAUGCCAAACAGAAGUUUGGACCACUUUAUUUUUGAUGAUGGUAGAAGAAAAUUAUUAGAUUGGACUAAGCGCUUCCAAAUCAUUAGUGGGAUAGCUCGAGGCCUACUUUAUCUACAUCAUGACUCAAGGCUAAGAAUCAUCCAUAGAGAUCUUAAAACAAGCAACAUUCUUCUUGACAAUGAUAUGAAUCCAAAAAUAUCAGACUUUGGUCUCGCAAGGACAUUUGGUGGAGAUCAAACCGAGGCCUGCACAAAGAGAGUGAUGGGAACUCAUGGUUAUAUCUCUCCUGAGUACCCAAUGCAUGGCUCUUUCUCGACGAAAUCUGAUGUGUUUAGCUUUGGCGUAAUUAUGCUUGAGGUCGUUAGUGGGAUGAAGAACAAGGAACUCUCUAUCCCGCACCAAUUUGUUAACCUUCUUGGACAUGCAUGGGAAUUGUGGACUAAGGAGAGGGCUAUGGAGCUUGUAGAUAAAUCGCUUGGUGAUUCAGUUGAUGAAGCUCAAGUGUUGAGAUGCAUUCACAUAGGGCUUUUGUGUGUGCAAGAGAGACCAGAAAACAGGCCUAACAUGUCAUCAGUAAUCCAUAUGCUCAAUGAUGAUAAGCCGCUUGCUCGGCCAAAGCAGCCAGCAUUUUAUCCUCACCAAGAAAGUAAUUCUUCAACUAAAACCAGUGAAAUGUGUUCAAAUAAUGAUAUUUCCAUCACACUGUUGGAGGCCAGAUAGUUUUUUUAGUCUCAAUGCAAAUUAGCUCUGUAAGUAACUUGUUUCAUGAAGUUCUUGCUCGAAGAUUCAUUUGUCUAU